GCCUUACGAAAGCAAGACCAUUGGGUCAUCUUCAAGUACAGUCAACAAAUCCUCCUAUCGCAUUCUUCCAUUCAAUCUGGUCCACGUGCUGGCAACCAGGGAGAUGUCUAACGAUCCCAUCGAAAGCACACCAGCAACGACUGCCGUUGAACCAAACGACCAAGAUUCACCCCCACGAAGCGACGUGGAAGAGAAAUGUAUCUCACAGCUCCAUGAGGACCCUUGCGUACUGCCUUCCAACUUCCCAACCAUGGACAAAGGAAGACACGCCUGGCUCUUCCUCACCGCAGCCUUCGCCAUCGAAUUCUUAACCAUCGGCCAAUCCUUCUCCUACGGCCGCUUCCAAUCCUACUACACCACGCACGCCCCCUUUGCUUCCCAAUCCUCCUCCUCUUUCGCCGCUGUAAUAGGCGUCCUGAAUCAAUCUCUAAUCCUCGUCUUCCUACCCCCCAUCCUGUACCUCGCGCGCCGGAAACCGCACUUCGCACGCUGGAUGGCGACAAUCGGUCUCUUCGGCUGUGUUGUCUCCAACAUAGCUAGUUCCUUCUGCACUAGCAUAACGCAGCUCAUGUUUACCCAGGGCGUGCUGCAGGGUGUGAGUGGUAGUGUAGCGUUUUGUCCGCUGUUGGUCUUCGCAGAUCAGUGGUUCGAUAAGAGGAAAGGAUUGGCUUUUGGGGUUAUUGGUGCUGGAGGUGGAUGCGGAGGGCUAGUUCUGCCUCUCCUGAUCAAUGCGUUGCUAAACCAUGUGGGAUAUCAGAGUACGAUGCGGGUUUUGGCUGGUAUAAUGUUUGGGGUGGGGAUGCCGUUGGCGUGGUUUGUCAGACCGAGACUUCCAAUCACAGUAGUCGUGACUGAAGAGAAGAAGUUCUGGAACUGGAAGCUCAUUCUUUCAAGGUCUUUCUUGUUACACCAAAUUGCUAAUCUCAUUCAAGGUGCAGGGUACUAUCUCCCUGGUAUUUACCUCCCUACCUUCACCCGCGAGGUGUUCGGUGCAUCAGAUUGGUUGUCUACGGUCUCACUCAUGUUACUCAAUGUAUCCGCUAUGGUUGGUCUCAUCAUCAUGGGAUACAUGACCGAUCGAUUUAACUCGCGAGUCUGCAUUGCGGUCUCCGCUACGGGCGCUACGCUCUCUGUCUUCCUUUUCUGGGGCUUGGCUACACAAAUCGCUGUUCUAUACAUCUUCUGCAUCUUAUUUGGUUUGUUUGCCGGCGGCUUUCCGGCAGCGUGGCCGGCUGUCAUGAGGGAGAUGGCGAAGAAGGGGGAGGAGAGGGGAUUGGGACACGUGGAUACUAUUCUCAUAUUCUCGCUGUUUUGCCUUGCCAGGGGAGUUGGAAAUAUUGUGGCUGGUCCAAUGAGUGAAGCGCUUGUUGGUGGCAUGCCUUGGAAAGACGAGGCACUUGGGGGCUAUGGAAGUGGUUAUGGUGGACUUGUUGUCUUCUGUGGGCUGAGUUCCUUGGUUAGUGGGAUGAACGCGUUGUGGUAUCAUCUGAUGUAG